AAGUAACCACGUCGUAUUUGCCCAGUUGGUAGAGUCCAAUGUCCUCUGCCUGCUGAAUGAAGAGCUGAAGGCCACGACUUGGUGUAAACAUAAGGAACCAUGGUUAACUUUGUAGCCAUUGCACGCGAGCAUUGGGUGAACAUCUUGGUGCCCAUGGGUUUUGUGAUUGGAUGGUACCUCGACAAACAACAGGACCAGAAGCUGACAGCUUUUAGGAACAAAAGUGCUUUAUAUAGCAGGGAGCUGAAGACUGGCGAGGAGGUGACCUGGAAGUAGACAAACCAGCCCUGGAACUUGUCCUGUCGUCUGUGGGUGUGAAUGACUGAUGGGUGCUCCUCAAAUUAUAAAUAUUUAAGAAGAAUCCCGUUACCUGUUGUUUGAGUUGUAUGAUUCAAUAAUUAAAAAUGCUCUUUCUCAUCAAAA